UGUUUUCUUGUUUGCGUGUUGCUUUUCUUUUAUGCUCAAGUAGAAAAUAUUGAAGAAGGCACCUUCUAACUUUAAACCCAAUGAUAAGGCCAUCAGUAGCAUGUAACUUCUAGAAGCUGCAUUUAGAGAUUUUAAAAACAGGAAAGGAUGUAUGUCCAUGGUGCAACAUGACCCAAGAUAAAAAUCUCAAAUGAUUUUCUGUUCCUUCCUUUCUCUACUGUCAACAGUGGUGUCCUUGGACUUCGUUUUGUUUUUUAAUUUCUUUUUCAUGGACUUUAUUUUAUACUGCUCUAAUCUUUCCAGGGAAGUAAAAAAGUUAUAAUUUUAUUCAACUAGAGCUAAAUUUGUUAGAGAGCUUUGGGUCAUUCAGCAAGGAGUAUUUCUUUCAGGCAGCUGCUGUAAAUAUCAGGUAUUGUGGCAAAGGCAUUAAUCUUAUAGAUGGGAUUCAAGUUUUUCAUCCCAAGGAAAGAUUCCACCAGCCACAUUAGUAAAUAUUUGGAUCGCAUGAAAGUCAUCCUCCAGGAACUUUGUAUCAGAGGGGUCUUUGGUUCUAGCAUACAGCAAAGUAGACAAAACAUAAGAAUCCCUGUCUUCAUGGACUUUACAUUCUAGUAGGGAAAAUAUAUAAAAACAAAAUAAGUAAAAAAAAACAUAAAGUAUGUUAAUUAUGAAUGAAAAUGAAUAAAAUAAAUACUGAAAGGAGAUGCGGAAUGUUGGAAGAGAACUGCUGUUUUAAGUGGAAACAUCAGGGGAAGCCUCACCAAAAGGUAACAUUUAGGUAAAUAUCUGCAGGAGAUGAAUGAAUGCAACAAGUAAAUAACUGGUCUAAAGCAUUUCAGGCACAGGGAACUGCCAAUUCAAAGGCUUUGAAGUAGGAGUUUACUGGUCUGUUCACCUAACAGCAAGAAUGGCAAAGUGGCUGGAGCAGAGGGCAAGAGGUGAGCUUGAUAUGUAAUGGGGACCAGAUCAUGUAAGAAGAUGUAGGCCAUUGAAAAGAACUUUGUUUUUUCCUCUGAGAGAAAAUGUCAUUAGAUUUUUUUCCAAAGAGGUGACAUAAUCUGACAAGACAUAUUCUGAAUAAAUAGUAAAGAUCACUUGCAUGUGUUGAAUUUUGAAGUGAUAAUGAAAUAUUCAAGAGAAGAGUUCUUAUGUAUAGUUGGAAAGAACUACAGCUCAAAUGAAAUCCAGAAGAGUCAUUGGUCAUGAUAGGGAAGACGGAUGUUCAAUAAAGGUUCACUGGAUGUAUAUUUGUAUAAAUUUCUAAUGUUUAUUCAGUGACAUUAGAAGAUAACGACUUCUAUAUAGUUAAAAGGAGGUUGGAACCCCAGGCUUUUGAUCGGUCUGCCACCUGAUUUGGCCUGUCACCUAUCCAAAAUCACUACCUGCGAAAAUAGUACAAAGACGUAUUUCAAUUUCAGAGCUAAACAACCUCUAAUUUUAAUUACUCUUUCAACAAUAAUGCUUUACAAUUGUGUUUCCUUGUAUUUUAUAACACCAUGUUUCUACUUUGCCCUUAACUGAGAAAUCUCAAGUAUUUAACCUCUUCAGUAUGAUGCAUAGUUCAUAUUUUACAUCAGGUCUUUUAGUUAAAGUGAACACUAUGUUUUUGAACAAAAUGUGCUAUUUUUCUUAUGAAGCAAUUGAGGCAAAAUAAGAACAAAAACAAUUCCUUCAGGGGCUGAAUAAAGCACACUUUAAGCCACAUGGAUUUGAUAAUAUAAAGCAGAAUGUUUCAUAAUUCUUAUUUCACUUUUGUUCUUCCCACAUAUCUUUAAGCCAGUUAAAUCCUCCUGGAUUUCAGCAGCCUUGGGGCAACUAUCCAAGUUCCUAAGCUAAAAUUUAUUUACCUCAGACAAAGGUCAUGAGUCCAGUCGAUUCAACCACCUUGGAACUUGGACUCUCUCUACUGGUGCUAUGUUUUGUUAUCUUGGAUAGUUAAGAGGUGACUAAAUGAUCCAUGUCAAUGAACUAUUUAUAGAGAGGCUGAUUUGCAAAGAUGUGAAUGGAGCCAGAGUGUUUUAUGCUAAGCGAAAUAAGUCAGUCAGAGAAAGACAAAUACCAUAUGAUUCCACUCAUAAGAGGAAUUUAAGAAACAAAACAGAUGGACAUAUGGGAAGAGGGAAAAAGAGAGAGGGAAACAAACAAACUCUAUCCCUUAAAGAUAGAGAACAGAGGGUUAAUGGAGGGAGGUGGGUGGAGGAUGGGCUAAAUGAGUGAUGGGGUAUUGAGGGCAGUUGUGUUGAGCACUGGUUGUUAUAUGUAAGUGAUGAAUCACUAAAUCACUGAGAUUAAUAUUACACUAUAUGUUAACUAGAAUUUAAAUUACAAUUUGAAGAUAAAUAAAAUAAAGAGAGGCUGGUUUCCCACUUAUUUUCAGACAUAUGAGAAGGAUUCCUGCCAAAUCAGUGGCCCCUAAAGUGGUUGUUCAAUGAGAAAUGCUCGGUCAACUAUAUCUUAAUCAUAUGGGAAACUUUUAAAAAAUACAAAUUUGGGGCCUUCUAUAAUGAAUCAGAAUCUCUGGAGGAGACACCAGGAAAGCUGUGGAAAACUGUAUUUUUUUAACACCAUCAGAUGAGUCUGACAAUGUGAUUUGUGACUCAAUGGUCUAAAUCAGAGCCCCUCAAAUUUUAAUAUGCAUAAUAAUCACCUGUGGUUCUCAUUAAACUGCAAACUGAUUCCAAAGGUCCCAGGUGGGGUCUGAGAGUCUUCCCCAUUUCUAACAAGCUCUCAGGUAAUGUUGGUUCAGUCACAGACUACAUUACCUCUCAAGUUACUUCUAGCUGUGCUUUCCAGUGAUUCUAAAGUACCUUAUAGAAACUGGCUUAUCACCCUAACUUCAGAAUUUUCCAUUCAAAUGAAUAGAUUUUUGUAUACAUAGCCUUUUUCUUUUUUUGCAAAAAAUGCAGACAAUAAUUGGCUUAUUUGGUUUUUUCAUUUGCAGUGCUGCCUUUGUUUCCCAAUUUUUAGCUUUCAACACAUAACUGAAAAACUCUCAGAAAGCUGAUCUAUCCAAGCUAAUCAUCUCUGAAGAAUUGCAGACUCAUUCAGUACUAAAACAAAUCUUUCUUCUAUGUGAGCCAAAAAUAAGGAAAAACAGCCUGUCAAACACCUGUAAAGAGAUGGCUAUCAUCAUAUGGAAAUUUGAAGAGCUUCUAUGUGGCACAUUCAUGAUCCAAAUGGGAAUCAACUGUCAUGAUAUCCCAGAAGGCCUUAUAACAGAGUAAACAAGAGGGAAAAUUAUAACAGCUUGUCACCUGUGUUUGCACACUAGACUUCAGUGUAGUUACUAUAAAAGAAAAUCCAAGGAAAAUAUGCAGAUAGUUCUUUGAAAACCCCAAAAUUAUGUGCAGGGGCUCAGACCAAAGCAGGAGAAAGGAAGCUAUUUUACACUCACUCUGUACAACCCAUUGAUAAGUCUUUUAGAAAGAGUAGCAGUUGAUUGUGAAUUUAUGUUUUGAACCACCAUUUAGCAAAGGUAGUUGCUCUGGAAAGGAACAUGCCUGCAAAUGACACUUGUGCUGUGCCAAAUGGAGACAAUGGAGAUUUUCGAUAUUUUAUCUAUGCAGUGACAUACACUGUAAUUCUUGUGCCAGGUCUCAUAGGGAACAUAUUAGCCUUGUGGGUAUUUUAUGGCUAUAUGAAAGAAACCAAAAGGGCUGUGAUAUUCAUGAUAAACUUAGCCAUUGCUGACUUACUACAAGUUCUCUCCCUGCCACUAAGGAUCUUUUACUACUUGAAUCAUGACUGGCCAUUUGGGACUGGUCUUUGCAUGUUCUGUUUCUACCUGAAGUAUGUCAACAUGUAUGCAAGCAUCUACUUCUUGGUCUGCAUAAGUGUGCGACGAUUUUGGUUUCUCAUGUACCCCUUUCGCUUCCAUGACUGCAAACAGAAAUAUGACCUAUACGUCAGCAUCGCUGGAUGGUUGAUCAUCUGCCUUGCCUGUCUGCUCUUUCCUCUCUUCAGAACCAGUGAUGACACUUCAGGCAACAGAACCAAAUGCUUUGUGGGUCUUCCUACCAGGAAUGUCAAUCUGGUCCAAUCUAUUGCCAUGAUGACCAUUGGUGAGCUGAUUGGGUUUGUCACUCCUCUUCUGAUUAUCCUUUACUGUACCUGGAAGACAGUUUUAUCACUGCAUGAUAAAUAUCCUGUGGUCCAAGACCUUGGGGAGAAAAAGAAAGCCUUGAAGAUGAUUCUAACCUGUGCAGGAGUAUUCUUAAUUUGCUUUGCACCUUAUCACUUCAGUUUUCCUUUAGAUUUCCUGGUCAAGUCCAACAAAAUUCAAAGCUGCCUAGCCAGAAGGGUGAUUCUAAUAUUUCAUUCUGCUGCCCUCUGUCUUGCUAGUCUGAAUUCCUGUCUUGACCCAGUCAUAUACUACUUCACCACUAAUGAGUUCAGAAGACGACUUUCAAGACAAGAGAGCAUCCAACUCCAUGGAAAAUCCUUUGUGAAUAUAUGAAGUGAAUUAGCGCCAGCAAUUUUAUCUGUGAACCUAAGACACAGAGAGUAUUUGCUUGGGCUCAUCAUAAGCACUUAGUUUUGCUGCAAUGGACACUGAGUCUUGGUACUUAGAGGCAAUGUAGUUGUCUAUUUAUUAUAGUAAUAACAAUUUAUAUUCAAAUAUAAUAUUUUUAUUGUAUUUUAAGUAGGAUGAACAACAUGUUAUUCUGUGAAAACAAAGUGGUAUAAACAUGGAAUCAUUUUUAUCUCUCAUGUGUGAUUAUACAGUAAGGUUUGAAGACUUAUAUAACUAUUUCCUACAUUUAAGUGUCAUUAUUAAACAUCAUCUGACAUACCUAUUCAUAAAAUGAAUAUUCAAACUCAAGCUUCUGGUAUGUUUAAAGUAAGAACAGGAAACAAAUACACAUACAGUAAUUUCUAUGAUUGUAUAAGAUGCCAUAUUGAGUCUACCAGGUCAGAUACCUUGCCAAAAUACAUAUGAUGUGACCCAAAUUGCCUCUAUAGGGCCAGAACAGAUCCUAUAAGUGACAAUCACAGUUCUGGUUCUCUUAAACUAUUUCUAAAGAACACCUAUGGAAAUGUAUUGGCCUGCCUAGAAGAGAGAGUUUCCACCAUGCUUCUAGACUAACAUUGAAUAUCUCUGACAGUUUUCUGGUCCAGUUUUACCCCAGUCAUACCAUUGUGAGGCCUGCACAGCCUACCUCCCAGCAGCUGGGGAAGGAGAUUCAUCUUUUGGGAAAAACUGCAGAAGACUAAGAGUAGUAAUUAAAUCUGAGGUUUUAAAUAUUAUAGUACUUUGAAACAUGUUUUAACAAAAAUCUCUAACUUUAAAAAGUGAUUUACUUAAAAUCUGUGCACUAUAUAAUAAAGACACAUGCUACUACUCAUCUGGAAGGAAUGUGGGAAUCAACCAAGGGCUCCAUCAUAUUUUUAUAAAAAGGAGUUGUUUUAUGCACAUAAUUAUGAUACUAAUAUGAUUGGAGGAGAAACUGGUAAAAUCAAAAUUAUUUCUAAUAUCUGAGAGGAAUGGAAGAUUUUCUAAUGUUUUCUCUGGACAAGUAUUGAUUUUGCAUGUACUUUAUUAUUAAAAUAAUAACCUAGUAGAAAACACACUUUGUGCUGCUAAAUAGUGUAUUUAUAUCCUAAUUAUUCAUUGCAAGGUACAUAUUUUGAUGUGUUAAAUGAGUUAUGAAUGAGUGUUAAGUUGUGUUUCAGAGACUGUAACUAUCUCUGUCUGGUCUGUUUUCUUUAAAGUGAUUUAUUUUUGAAUAUAAUUUAGUGUUAUAAUGGUAUCAAAAGUAAUAAUUUUAUGAGUACUUAUAAUGGAAGAGUCUUACCUAUACUAUAUUUCAUUACUACUUUUUAUAUUAGAAUGGAUUACACUUCUUAGGGUCAUUUUGGGAUACCAGAGACUUCAUUUUUUUUAAUAUAAUUUAUUGUCAAAUUGGCUUACAUACAAUACCCGGUGCUCAUCCCAACAUAUUAAUUUCACUU